AUGAGGGAUGAUACCCCCAAUAUCAUUGCUUCGGCCGCCAUAACUCUUCCUCUUGCGACCUUGGCUCUUAUUGCUCGACUUAUUGCGAGGAAGAUCACGAAGGCUGGAUAUGGCAUUGAUGAUGCUCUGGCCGUUGUUGGCUGGUUGGGCUCAUUGGCCUUGUUGACGAAUGGAAUGAUAUGGAUCAAGGAUGGACUGGGAAAGCCAAUGGAGGUUGGACUUACAGACGACUUUACGUUUCACGAUAAAAACCGACUGGCCUGGAUACAUAUGUGGACGACGAGCUUCACUUACACCUUUGCCAUUGCCUUCUCGAAAUUCGCCAUCCUCGCUUUCUACUGGCGUCUCUUCCAAUUCUCCGAUAUCCGAAUCCCCAUUCAAGUCCUGUCAUGCAUCACAGUGGCAUGGUUUCUGCUGCGACUCUUUAUGGUGUGUUUGCAAUGUCUACCACUCACAGCCUUGUGGGAUGGAGACCAAGCAACGCGGGAUGCAAAAUGCCAUAUCCGCGAAUCGACGUUCUUCUUCUCGACGGUUCUGACGCACGUUUUGAUCGACUGCGCUAUUCUCAUUCUGCCCGCUAUUGAAGUUGGAAAGCUUCAUUUACCCAGGGGUCAGAAGGUUGCUGUCAUUGCGCUGUUUGCGUUUGGUGCAAUGACCUGUUUGGCCUCCAUUUUCGUCCUCAUUGAGUCAUUCAAGUUCAAGUCGGAUUCAAAGGAGAUGACGCUACAAAUGGGACAGCACUACGCUUGGUCAAUCGCCGAGUGCAACUUUGCCGUAAUUGCUGCUUGUCUCCCCAUGCUUCGACCAGUCGCCCGCAAGAUCCUCCCAGGCUCAUUCCUCACCUCCAACAGCGGCGGUCAAUCCACCCAAAUCAGCGCCCCCUUCAGCGCACCAUUCAGUAACGGCAUCCGCCUCACCAGUGUAUCCAAGACGCGAUCUGGCGAAAAUGACGGCGGAAGCUCAACACACGAACUAUCCAACAACCCACCAGAUCUAUACGACAUAGGCGAAUGGCCACACGGCACACAAACCACGAUAUCCAGCCCCUUUAGAAAAUAUACAUCUGCGAAGGACUAUGAGAGCAGCGAGACGGGGAUCCGUGUUGACGAAGAGACGGCCGUUGCUGUACAACGGCGUGAUGAUCGUGCAUGA